CAGUAGAAAAAUAUUUUGUUUUCUUCUUAUGCUGAAAUUCUCGUAAAUAUUUAUCGUCUUACGAAAAAACUGAAGUAAUAAAGGAGAAUAAAAACUUUAUAGUACCUAUAAAUAUUAAAUUCGAGUAGGAAUCCGAAUAACCCUUCAAAACGUAUUAUGGUGAUACUAGAUACAAUGGAAAAUGUUGGUAGUUUAGAAGAACAAGCAUUGAAGAGAAAAGAAAGGUUAAAGAAUUUGAAAAGAAAACAUCCUUCGGACGAGAACUCAUCAACAAAUACUUCCAAUGCAGAAGCGGUUGUACUUCCAAAGCCCAAAUUCAGGAGUUACAGACCUCAAGAUGAAACAUUACAGGAAGCUAAGCUAGAUGAUGCUCAACCAGCUGUUGUUGAUAAUGAAGUAAAAGAUUUGCUUGAAGCGGGAAAAGAAAAGGUUGUAUUACAAGAUCUAGAUAUUUCAAGUCUAGCCCCGAGGAAACCCGAUUGGGAUCUGAAGCGGGAUGUGGCAAAGAAAUUAGAAAAGCUGGAGAGAAGAACUCAAAAGGCGAUAGCCGAAUUAAUUUGGGAGAGACUGAAGGAUGGUGCAGAGGAUAAUUUAGGAGCUCUGGUGACAAUGACUAAUAAAGUACCUGAUGAGGAGUAAUUUUAGCAGAUUGAUUUUUCUGGAAUAUAGUCAUUUUACGUGAUUUAAUGAAUAAUAUUUGUAAAACAAAGGAACAUUAGUAAGUAAGAACUAGGUUUUUCUAAAUUUAUUUCUUUGGGUUUUUGUCCCAUAUAAGACCUCACAGAAAUAGAACCGUUCCCAAUAUUUAGAGUUUAGGCAAUGGGCUGUCUUAGUACAGCAGUGUUCGAAAAUGGAUAGGUUAGAAUAGUAUGAAUUUGGCUAACAUUGGUUUAAUGUUAAAUAUCAAAAAACUGUAACCUUUAUGUACAAUAACCUAAAUUUUAUUAGGUUAACUAAAGGCUUGAUGCAUUCAAACUAUAUGAAUGGUUGAAUUGUUGAAAACUUUUUUUUUAAAUA